AUGGGCAAUUACUUUUCACUGUGUCCUGAACCCGUCCAUGGCCUCAUCAGCUCAUACGGUAUAGGAUCAAUCUCAAGUACACAUCCGUCUGGAGUGGCGGUGAAAGGCGAAGAAUAUUCCGCAGUGAAACUGGUCGGCGAGGGCGGAUACUCUUUCGUGUAUGAAGGAUACAACAACGCCACUGGACAACGGGUGGCGUUGAAGCGGUAUGUGUUUUCAGAAACGCAACAGCAGCAGGGAGCUGUCGAAGAGAUGAGCAUUUACCGCGAUGUCUGCCCCAACGACUAUAUAGUAACGUACCUCGAUUCCGAAGUAGUUUAUCGGCCUGGGGUACCGUUGCCAGAGAUGUGGGUCGUGAUGGAGUUCUGUGACGGUCCUUCCUUGCAGGAGUACAUCAACAAUCGACUGCGGUCCCCUCAGCCUUUCUCGGUGCGUGAGGUGUUCGAAAUUGUCGACAAUAUUGUACAUGCAAUCGGCCACUUGCAUUCACAAUCGCCACCUGUUUCCCACUGGGACAUCAAGCCGGACAAUUUCUUGUUCACCGAUACAGGGCGGCUGAAGCUAUGCGAUUUUGGAAGCGCUACGCGGCAGUUUUAUGCACCCACGUCAGCGGAAGAGAUGUCUGCUGCUGAGUCAGAGUUGGGGUCAAGGAUGACGCUUCUCUACCGACCGCCUGAAUCACUGGACCUGUGGUCGAAGGACCGCGUUGAUACCAAAGCCGACAUCUGGGCACUUGGGGUCAUCAUUUACGUGCUGGUGUUUCGCGAAAUGCCGUUUGACGCAAACCCGAUGGAGGUCAUGGCGGCAGUACCGAAGCGAUACAAGGGCAAAACACAGGAGGGCUGCCCCGGGGAGUUUAGAGCUCUCAUGGACAUUGUGCGCACGAAAAUGCUAACGAAAAAGCCUGCGGAUCGUGCUGACAUAUUUGCCAUUUCUGAAGCGCUGGAAGGCAUCACGCACCUGCCGCCGCUGCCGCGCCCGCGGCCCGGGUUCCAGAGUGCGCAGCGACCGCGGUUCGCUUAA